UGUACCAAUUCGUUACGAUUGAUCCAUAUAAAACUAUCCAGAUUGGCGUUGGGCGCGAUCAGUUCGCAUUGAAACGGUGAUCAUGAACGAUUAUUGAUCGGAGGAGUUCGUCAAGAUGAGAAAUUGGUGGAUUCUGGUGAUUUUCUUGUUCCCGCUUGGUGAUGUAGUGUUGGGUGGUUCGGUUUGGAAAAGUUCUUUCCGGCAGUUGGCUUGGGAAGCGAAAGAUUUGUUGAAAAUAUGCUCGUCGAAAAACGACUCUGGGUGGCAGUGUUUGUGGGAUGAAAGCUUAACUGCGGUCGACGAGUUUGCUAACCGUAAGAAGAUCCCCCUGGUGGAUGGUAUCAGUUUGGUUCGCGUAACGAAUGAACAUGAAACAUCUGCAACAGUGGCAUCGAGUGCAACGGAUAGCGUGGAUGCAUCCAAUAAUCAGGAAACAUCACCUACUCAUAAUGAAAAACAAAACGAUGUACAUGAUCUCCCUUUAAGCAAAAGUGCACCAUGGACAACACGCAUCUUGAGAGCAUUGGAUCACAUGUUUCAAACGCACGUUUUACAGAUUGACUUGUUGAAUUCCUUUGGCGGUGGCAGGAAUACUUGGGCCAAGAAGAAGGAAGACAACUGGCUGUGGAAGUAUCAUCGGAAAUUGAAUAAUCAGUCUGUGGUUGAAGGACGCCACCGUCGUCAUCGACAGCAGAUGAUACCGAUGAUGAUAUUCGGUGUUACGGUGUUCGGCAUGUUUGUGAUUCCGAUGGGAUUUCAGUUCCUGGCAGCGCUCAGCGGCAAAGCAUUCCUGAUGGCAAAGCUCGCUCUGCUGUUGGCAUCAAUCAACGGACUGAAAAGGGUAGCAGGCGUUCAUUAUGGAUUCCACUCAGUAGAACCUCACCAUCUGCAUCACUCGCAAUCGGUCCUGUACGACCGUGAUUACGCAUAUGGACCUCGCGUUUUACCUCCAGUAGAAUAGCAGUUAAGAUCCAACCGUAGAACUAGGCGUAACUUGUUUGGCUUAUCCGGCUCUUCUUCCGGCCACGAAAAUGAGCAUACAUUGACCACAAUUGUGGUCCAGCAACCAACAACGACGAUGACUCCGGCCCCUCAAUUCUAUCACCUAUGGAAUGCGGCUGGACAGGGUCCUGUUCUGCAACCUCCGGCCCCACCUCUGUCAAACCCAUACCAUCCUUAUCCUCCACAGUUUCCCGGUCCCAUUGCACCACCGCCACCACCGUUAUGGACACCACUUUCUCAUUACCUAGCUUUCAUGUCCACCACGAUGUCAUCGAGCUUUCACAUGUAUAUGAAUUUCAUCCAAAGCGUUUAUGCCAGCUGUCGGUACUUUAUGUCCGAGUUGUUCUGGUCCAACGUUAGAACCCUGAUGCCGUACUUUGCUCCACCCUGGAUGGGACAGUGGUUCAACGGAGGUGGUGCUCAUCAUCCUCCACCACUUCACCAGGCCUAUGGUCCACCUCCUCCACCACCCGUGGUUCAUCCGGAACAUAUCCAUACACAAUUUUUCGAUUAUCUCGGGGAAAACACUAGAGAUUGAUAUCUGUUCGGAGAUAGAUGCGCCAGUGGAGAAAUAUUAGUUCAGUACAAAUUAACAAAUUAUUUGAAUAGUCUGACGGAUCCACCUACAGCUCUAUUUGUCCUUGGUCGAAAAGUUCGAUUGAACUUGACAGGUGACUUAGAUUAUUAUAUAAGAAUUGCUAAAGGUUUUCCCAACUUUUUCUGUAAAAAAUAACGAUGGAAAUACCUCCGAAAUUUACAAAUAACUUUACAUCGGCUUCAAUUGAACAAAAAACUAAUGACACACCUGUACUAAUACAAAUUAGGUGAUAGUCAAAUAAAGCAAUUAUUGUGUUCCAUGAGUAGGCUUAUUAUUUUUUACUUGUUCUAUAACAGUUUCACAGGUGGUUGGGAUUAGUAAAUUUCUGUUUAAAAUAUGUCUUAUGUAGGGAGACUUACGGCUUCGGCACCAUUCGACUAUUAUCGGCAACCAAAUUGCAAACG